CCCCUUCUCUCUUGCUUGCUCGUUCCUCUUGUCCUGUCCUCCCUCUCCCCUUCCCCUCCCCGCCAUUUGUAUAUAACAACCUCCGCUUUUCUUUUUACUUUUCUUUUUUUUUUCUUUUUUGGAAUCAGGCCACCUCUCACACCCUUGCUGCGGUGCCAUCGUUGCACCCUCGACGGUCACCAUGGACAAGAGCGAGAAGGGUAUCGUUGUCGCUGGCAACGAUCAGAGUAACCUUCCCGCCUAUGAGUCGAGCGAGGAUGCCCGCGAUGCCAUAGAAAACCAGGAACAGCUGGGUUUCUGGACCCGCAUGGGCUGCACACCCGAGUCGUUCAAGCAAAGAACGCUUGCGGACAAGCACAACCAGCUGAACAGAACCCUCAAGGGCCGACAUCUGCAUAUGAUUGCCAUUGGAGGAAGUAUCGGUGCUGGUUUGUUUGUCGGCUCUGGAAGUGCCCUUCACGAUGGCGGCCCUGCAACUCUGAUCAUUGACUUUAUGAUUAUCGGCGUGAUGAUGUUCAACGUGGUUUUCGCACUUGGUGAACUUGCGAUUAUGUAUCCUGUCUCCGGUGGUUUCUAUACGUAUUCGACACGGUUUAUUGACCCGUCCUGGGGUUUCGCCAUGGGGUGGAACUAUGUGUUCCAGUGGGCCAUUGUUUUACCGCUUGAACUGACGGUCGCCGGCUUGACGAUUGGCUAUUGGCAGGUAGAUGUCAGUGUUGGUGUCUGGAUCACGGUAUUCAUCAUCGCUAUCAUUUUGAUCAACAUUUUCGGUGUCCUUGGCUAUGGUGAAGAGGAGUUUUGGUCAAGUUGCCUGAAGCUUGCCGCCGUCGUGAUCUUCAUGUUGAUCGCCCUUGUCUGCGUUUUGGGCGGUGGCCCAAGCCACGGCAAGUAUGGCGAGUACUGGGGUGCACGUUUGUGGUACGACCCAGGAGCGUUUAGGAAUGGGUUCAAGGGAGUGUGCUCCGUCUUCGUCACCGCCGCCUUUGCCUUCUCUGGGACCGAGCUUGUCGGUUUGGCUGCCGCAGAAUCCAAGACCCCCGUCCAGUCUCUCCCCUCUGCUAUCAAGCAGGUCUUCUGGCGUAUCACCCUUUUCUAUAUCCUUGGUCUGUUCUUCGUCGGCCUCCUUGUCGAUUCCAACGAUGAGCGUCUUCUGGGCUCGGGAUUGAUUGAUGUCACGGCUUCGCCUUUUGUUAUUGCGGCCAAAGAUGCCGGGCUUGAUGGCUUCGACAGCUUCAUGAACGUCAUUAUUCUCAUCUCUGUCCUCUCUAUCGGAAAUUCUGGCGUCUAUGGUGGAUCUCGUACCCUGACUGCUCUGGCCGAGCAAGGAUACGCGCCAAAGAUGUUUGCAUAUGUUGACCGCGCCGGACGUCCACUCUACUCUACUAUCUUCCUUAUCGCUUUCUCUUUACUCGCCUAUGUCAAUCUCAGCGCCAGUGGUGCGGAAAUCUUCGAUUGGCUUCAGGCGCUGUCCGGUCUUGCCGCGCUAUUCACCUGGGGCAGUAUUUGCUUGGCCCAUAUCCGUUUCAGAAGCGCGUGGAAGUACCAUGGACACACUCUUGAUGAGCUUCCUUUCAAAGCCGCCCUUGGGGUUGUGGGUUCUUGGAUCGGUCUUACCCUCGUCAUUAUCGUCCUCAUUGCGCAGUUCUAUACCGCCGUAUGGCCGCUGGGUGGUGGCGUAAACAAUGCUGAGGGCUUCUUCAAGUCCUAUCUUGCUAUGCCUGUGGUGCUGUUCUUCUGGGCUUGUGGCUAUUUCUGGAAAGGAAAAGGAUGGCUCAAACUUAGCCAGAUCGAUGUCGAUUCCGGCCGUCGUGAGAUCGAUUGGGAAGCGCAUAACGCUAUGAUGGAGAAGCGGAGAAACGCCGCCCUCAUCAAGCGUAUCAUGUACUUCCUCUUCUAAUUGCCGGUCUAUCCCUGGUUCUGAGACCCGGAGACGAACUCCUUGAAAGAUAGGCUACCUUGUCUAUCCGUGGUGUUAGAAUGUGGGAAAACGGCUAGAUGGAGGGAGUUUUCACUCGCCAUUCAAGAUGCUCUCCAUAUUCAGUUAUUAUAGACACAAUCCAUAUUAAUGCAUUUCUUCCCA